CCCUAAACAAAUCUGAACAAAGCUUUGAUCACUGACUGGGCUCCAGCUUCAUGAGAUAUGCUUAGGUAGCGCCUUCUACCCUAGAGAAAAUCAUCAGCAUCGCUGGAAUGGAAAGACCUUCUUACCUCAUUUCACUUGUACAUUUGUCAGCCAUGGUGCGAGGCUAACAAAGAAGGAUAUUUAAACCGUCCUAUCAUAAACUAUCAUAAACCAUCAGAGUCAACAACGGACAGCUUUUCUUCCUUACAUUCUAUACCCGACUUCCUUCAUAUCAAAUCUCUCCAAAGAUUGUCGGAUAAUAUGCCAGAAUCUCGCCUCUUCAAUCCCCUCCAGAUUGGUCCCCUGCAAAUCCAGCACCGCAUCGGCAUGGCCCCCCUCACUCGCCGCCGCGCCACCGAGAAUCGCACCCCGUCUCCCCUCAUGAAAGAAUACUACAACCAACGCGCCGCCGUCCCCGGCACCCUCCUCAUCACUGAGGGCACGCUCAUCUCCCGUGUCGCCGCCGGCGGGUUCCCCAGCGCUCCCGGACUCUGGCGGCCCGACCAGGUCGCCGCGUGGAAGGAGAUCACCGACGCUGUCCACGCCCGCGGGAGUUCUAUCUAUGUGCAGCUCUUCGGGAUGGGGCGCGCGGCUGAUACUGUCACCGCCACGAGUGAGGGCAUCGAGAUCGUGGGCCCCAGCGCGAUUCCGAUCCCGUCCGACGAGAACCCGUCUGCGCCGAUGCCGCGGGCUAUGAGUCUCGCUGAGAUUAAGCAGACGGUGCAAGACUUUGCGGUGGCGGCGGAGAAUGCGCGGGCGGCAGGUUUUGAUGGGGUUGAGAUUCACGCUGCGAAUGGGUAUCUGCUUGAUCAGUUCUUACAGGAUACGAGUAACCAGCGGAACGAUGAGUACGGGGGAAGCGUGGAGAACAGGUCCCGACUUGUGGUUGAGGUAUUACAGGCAGUGAUAGUGAGGAUCGGGGCCGAUAGGGUCGGGUUGCGGCUGAGUCCCUGGUCGCGAUUUCAGGGCAUGCGGAUGGAGAAUCCGGUGUCGCAGUUUGUUGACAUCAUUGAGCGAGCGCGUGAGCUAGGUCUGGCUUACCUCUCGCUCGUUGAGACACGGGUGUUUGGGGCGUGGAUGUACGAAGGGGGCAGUGCCGAGGAGGAGGAGAUGGAGACAUUGGAUUUUGCGUUUGAGCGCUGGAAUGGACCCCUCCUGGUGGCCGGGGGAUAUCGAUUAGAGACUGCUCAGGAGCUGGUCGAUCAACGGUAUCCCCAGAAGGAUAUUGUGGUGUUGUUCGGACGACAUUUCAUCUCGAAUCCCGAUCUGGUGUGGAGGUUCAAGCAGGGGGUCGAGCUGACGAAGUACCAGCGCGACACCUUCUAUCAAAUCAGUGAGCCGAGGGGCUAUGUCGACUAUCCAUUCAGUGAAGGGUUUGUGGCCACUGGGAGCGUUUAGUGGUAUGUGACUCUUGGAUUGCGUUACUAUAUGACUGGGAAGGUCAAAGAAGGGAGGUCUGAGUGUUUCACCCAAGGAACGCUUUGCCCAUGGUCUUGGACGGCGCCUAUUAUGCUGAGAUAGAUGCGGGAGUACUAUUUUUGUCUCGUGCAGCUAGCCCGAAUAUAUUUUUUUUAUUU